AUGACCAUGCUAUCUUCCCCACAAGAAGUUGUCCUUGCCAGCUCUCCUGAUGGCCCCAUUGUUGCCUAUGAUGCCUCCACAGGCACCCCUCUAGCCAGCUUCAACGGUAGCCGGUCGCCUCGCCGUGGCAUCACCCGGGCUGGGAGAAGUUUCAUAGCCGUCUCCCACAUCUGCCCGGUCACGGCUUCGGGUUCGAUCCACCUUUAUAAUUGGUGGACUUCUUCUGCCUUCCAAAGCCUCUCUGUACCUGAACCUGUAGCUCCUCUCACAGCCACUCCUGAUGGGUUCUAUCUGUUUGCUGGUGGCCUUUCAGGCUGCAUCCAUACUCUCUCUUUACCAUCAGGGGAUGUUCUCAACUCUUUACCUGCACACAAGAAGCCAGUCUCUUGCCUCAAACUCAGUGAUGAUGGGUCACUUCUGAUUUCAGGUGGGGAUGAUGGCAAAAUCAUUGUCAUCCCAAUAUUUCAACUUGUCGAAGCCAACCCGCAAGACGAUUCGACAAAACGCAUUCUGUAUCAGUUUUCAGCACAUGCUGAUUCAGUCACUGCCAUUUCCACUGGCAUGGGUAUGUACAGUUCCCAAAUAGUCUCCUGCUCAUUGGAUGGCAGAUGCAAGUUCUGGAACUUGCUCUCAGGCACACUCUCACACACUGUGGUGUUCCCUUGUGCCAUUUUCAGUGUGGUCUUGGACCCAAAAGGGGCACAGUUUUUUGCUGCAGGAUCUGAUGGCUUCGUGUACAAGGGCUCAUUAAGGCAUAAAAACAAACACCUUAUGGGCACAGGCUCUGAUCUAAUUUCACCAGUGUCUAAUGACUUGGUGCACAAGGCCUCAUUGAGGCAUAAAAACAAACACCUUAUGGACACAAGCUCUGAACUAAUUCCAUGGGCUCCAAAACACGACAGUGCAGUGGUCUCUAUAGUCAUAGUGAAUGAAGGAAAUCACUUAAUAUCCGCAGCAGAAGAUGGGAGCAUCUGGGUUUGGGAAAUAAACACGGGGCAGAUCAUUAUGGACCUUGAAAAUGAAAUGGGAAGAAGCAUAAGCGAUUUGGUGACGGCCACACAUAGAAGCCAUGAAAAAGAACAGAGUGGUAGAUUGGGAAGCCAUGGGAGAGAAUUAGAGAGUGAGAGCUUUAGAUUACCCAAUAGAAUGCUGGGUUUGUCAAUUGAUCAAACAGUUGAUAUGCAACGUGCGUUGGCGGCGGCCGGAAGCGACGUGAGGAGAGCCAUUGGGCUGCUGGAAUCUGCCAUUGCUGUUUAUGAGAAGAUGUUGGAGUUGAUCCUCAAGGAAGCUAAAGCAGCAAAUUGCUAA